UCAGAACACCUGUAGAGACUACACAGAGCGGCAGCGGACGGGACCGGUGUGAGGAGGUAUUACCGGAGGGAGCCCCGGGCUGACAGGACGCCCUCCUCCCGCCUGACCUCCCUGUACAGCAGAGCCCCGCACAUCUCCCGCGUCUGAUAACUCCACCAUCAUAGUAUUCCACCUUCUGUACUCAGCGUUGGAGGACCGGCCGGACAUCUUCUGGACAGGAAAACAUUGCAGGAGUGUGUCUAUCAUGAAAACUCAGAAAACCUCAUCCCGCAAGUCCAAGCAGCCAGUGAAGAGGCCCCUAGGGAUUCUCCAUCCACCCAAAACCAAGGGAACUCGAACAACUUGGCACAGGAAAAGCAUGGAACAGAGAAGGCGCUUUACCCCGAGAGCCCGAGCACUGAUGGAAGAAAGCGAGUGCCAAGAAUUAAUCAAUCUGUAUAAAUCGAAAUUCCCAAUUAUGGAAUUGUUAAUAGAAGUUCUUUUGGAUUGUUGUAAAGAUAGAAUUCGCUUUUGGCAAUCAAAGGCUGUUGAGUGUCUUUAUGAGGUAUCUGAAGUUUUCGUCACCAGGAUCCUUCAGUUGCUUACGUGUCCUGUCUGCUCGACAAGAGGGACACCAUCUCAGCAGAAGACAAACAGUAUGCAGGGAGAUUCCGAGGAAUCACAAAAUGAGCGGAAUAAUACUGGAUAAAUGUUCAAUUAAUGUUCAGUUUUAUUUAAUUUUAAGUUAAUAAGGAUAUUUUGGAAAGAUGUAAGAAUUGUGUUGCUCACAGCAUUCAGUGGUUUGUCUGAUCUUAUAUGUUUAUACCUUAAAGGGAAUCAGUAAUCAGUGUUACCCGCACCGACCUGUAGUGCGGGUGACACUGAUUAAAAUGAUACCACGGGCCGAAUCUUCCUCGACAUGAUCUUUCAGUUGCUUAUGUGUCCUGUCUCCUCGACAAGAGGGACACCAUCUCAGCAGAAGACCUGCAGUAUGCAGGGAGAUUCCGGGGAAUCACAAAAUGAGCGGAAUAAUACUGGAUAAAGGUUAAAUUAAUGUUCUGUUUUAUUUAAUUUUAAGUUAAAGGGGUUCUCCGGUGAAAAACUUUUUUUUUUUUAAAUCAGCUGGUGCCAGAAAGUUAAA